AUGGUACAAGAAAUACCACAAGACGUAAUAGAGAAUAUAUUUUUAUAUAAUAAGAACUAUAUUUCAAGCUUAAGAUCAAUGUCUUUGGUGAAUAGAUUAUGGUGUAAUAUAGGCACAAAACUUUUAUGGAUGGCUCCAUUUUCAUUCUGCAUCGACUCUAGUAAACUUUAUAAAAUCAUUUCAGUAUAUGUAUCAUAUCUAAGUCCAAAAUCAGUAAAAUUUUUAUUAGAAAGUAAUAUUCCUAAAUUUCCACAAUCAAAAACAGCCUUUGAUUAUCCUUCUUAUUUAAGGGAGAUAGAUGUCAAAGAAUUACAUGAAGCUGCAACUGAAUGGGUUAGAUAUCAAUAUGGAGAAAAUUACUAUAGUGAUAACAAUAAUAUUUAUUAUCCAUCAGUUCAAUCAACUGAUACUGUUGUUAGUGAUGAAGAUAAUGAUCUAAGUAGUAAUGAUUUAGAUAGUGAUGAUGAGGGAGAUGUCACUCCCUCCUAUAUAAUGCAUUUAGUGGCAGAGUUGUGUAAAGUGUUCAUCUCAAGAUCCAAUAAAAUUGUCAAAUUAUCAAUUGGAGAUAUCAGUUUUCAUAAUGAUUUAUUUCAAGAUUUACCAAGUUAUCCUAAUGCCAAACAAUGUUUAUCACAUCUUAAAAUUUUAAUUUAUAAAAGAAAAAUUCUCAAUGGAAAAUUUCUACGCAGAUUAGCUAAAUAUUCACACAAUAUUUCCAACAUGAUAAUUGAUAAUUAUGGGCAUAAAUCAUCAGAUAAAUCUGUUAAACAGUUAGCUAAUCUAAUAGAAAAGCAAAAAUCCUUGAGAAAAUUUAGUUUAGAAGGUACCAGUUAUGAUAAUAUUGGAGAUUUUUGUCCAAAUUUACGUGAAUUAUCAUUAACAGUUGGUACUGCUGGUGGUCUAGAAGAAUUCCUGGAUUUUCUUGAACAUUAUAAUUCCACAUUAUAUCCAAGGCAAAUUUUAAAAUCAAAUAAUGAUCAUCUUAAAUUGGUCAAGUUGAGCUUGAAAUCCAUUGACAAUUUUUUACCAAUUCAACAAAUGGAUUGGUUCAUCUCAAGACAUUACAUUUUUGAAUUAUUAAAGCAUUUUUGUCAUCUACCAUUUAAACAUUUACAAUAUUUUAGUGAACAACUUGAACUAAAUCAGCAUAUAGAAAUUUUGGGAGAUUAUGGACAAAGAAUGAAGACUAGAAAAUCAAUUAAUAAUUUUAAAAUCGAG